CUUGCUAAAACCUCUGAAAAACCCUUUCCUCCCUCCAAGUAGAAAAUGCAGGUGAUAACCUGCAAAAACACAACUUCUAACCCUCUUUCUUCAUUCUCAACGGUUUCCGCUACUCAUUCCCGCCAAAUCAAGUUUCUCUCAGGAGUAUUACCGUUACAAUUCAACUGUAAGCUCCCCAGAACCAGAGUCUCUACUUUUGUUGACUGUUCAGGUUUUGCAGAUGGGAGAACACAAAAAUGGAAGAUUAUAAGGGGUCAAGAAUUGGGACAACUGAGGCAUUCUUCUGACACUCGUAGAGAAAUCGGGGCUGUUAAUGGAAGCAAAGGGGAAAGUUUGUCACCAGGGGAUGAGAAACCCUAUGAAUUGUUACCGGGGGGAAGGAGAGCUUACCUUGAUGAGCAGGACAUUGUGACGUUUCUCGAUCCUCCGAAAGAGUUGAUUCCGUUGGACCCAGCUUCAUACAAUCCUGCUGUCUAUCUUUGGAAAAAAAUAGGAGAUAUUCCAGAGGAAAGGCGACAUCGGCUGAUAUACUUGCUGAAACCUAGACUUAUAUCAAGGGUUUGGGAAAUAGCAGGAACACGAUAUGAGGAUUCUAAGUUAGCAAAGAAAAGUGCUUCCAGCUUGAUAUCUACUGAAGAUAGUGAAGUGCCAGUUGAGGUCUGGGACUGCAGAACAAGUGGAGGACCUUUUCCUAUCUCUUGGAUAAAUUUCUUCAACAAGGCUGUAUUUCAUUGUAAGGAUGGGAAGACUUAUGGACGGAUUGCUUUUGGUGGAUCUGUUUUAGCAGGAGUAUCAAAUUCUUUUUGUCCAUUAUACUUCACUGUGACACAGCUUAAUGAAAUAAUGUCAACUGAACAGCCAUGUGAUCUAGCAUAUGAAUUUGGGGAUGGACUUCUAGAUCUCCAUGACUACCCCCUGGGCUUUCCAAAACCAGUUAAGCAUCUAUGGCCUUUCAAUGAUCAUGUUGUUGUGUAUGUUCGCCAUGUUGGACCUGGAGUGAUGGUAGGGCAAGCAUGGCAAGAAGGGAAAGUACUGGAGCAAGUGCCUAAAAAAUUAUGUGGUGAGAUUUUAAUGGUAAAAAGAUGAUAAAGUUUUCAGAGGAAGUCCCCGAAAGGAAGCUUUUCCUUAUUUAACUCGUUUGUUUGACACAUUGUUCAGAGAAGCUGAGUAAAAAUCAAUUUAUGCUGAAAUUGCAUUAAUUAAAUGUUCUGUUUGUCACGACUGACUAUAGUUUUGUAGUUAAAUUGUUCAAAUUUGGACUUUUAAUAUCUGUAAAAUAGCUUCAUUUGAAAGAUUGAAUCAAAGGAAAAAAGGAAAGUUCAAAUCUAAGGAGAUUCAUUUGAGAAUUUUUAUGAAAUCUAAAAUUACCCAAGAAAGUGUUUCUACAGACAGAACCGUAUCCUGGAAUUGUAAAAUCGGCAGAAGAGAUACAGUGAAGAAACACUAGUAUUAUUUGGGAAAUACAAAGGAGUUUUCUUGUUCUUGUUA